ACUGGGCGCGGUCACACGAAAAUAUACAGGUCUUCUAGCAUCCUUCUUCCUGCACUCCGUACUCUCGUGGGAUCAGCUCACACGGGUAUCACCAGUCAGAAGAUCAUGACGGCGACCACAUCUCUCCUUGUUCUGCUUGUAUCAACAUCUACACUCGUCGCGGCAGGUGCAUCACUCCAAGCGACAUGCCAACCUGGCUCCAAUUCCUGUCCCCCCAACUCGGCUUGUAAGAUCUUCAACAAGAAACAGGAGUGUCUGUGUGACCCCAAGUUCCAGCCUAGCCCCACCGGAUCCCAAUGUCUGAAGAUUGUGGACCUGGGUGGCGACUGCGCAGACGCAGCCGGAACAACAUGUCGCAGAGGCCCCUGGGGAAAAGCCGAGUGCAUCGACGGUGUAUGCGAAUGUUCCGUGGCUUCAGGCUACGAACGGGCGAGUAACAACCGCUGCAAAAACGCCCCCAUCACCGUGGGCUACUCCCUUCUCGGGGAGGAGUGCAGCGCGACUAGGGUGUGUCAGUUCGCCCUAACGCAGCAUUGUGUGAACAGAAAAUGCACGUGCAAGCCGGACUUCAAGAAAGCGGGCGAAGACAUCCAGUCUGCUAAGCCCUUUGUGGACGAAUGUGUGAUGUCUGAUAUCGUGAUUGAAUCGCCAUAGAUAUAUGAAGAUCCUGUCAACGAUCAGAAGUAACGUAAUCUGUGUUUUUAACUGUGGCGGUGACAUGUGAAUAAAUGAAUGUUGAAUAUAUGCAUAUUGACUU